AUGGCUUAUCAGCAGCUGGAUGCUCGUAAUAACAGCAAUGUUAUUGAUGACUAUCGAAAAUCAACUAUGAAUCCGCCCAAACCAUCCAAAGAUAAAGAAUCACCCGGAGCAACUUCUUCUAGUCAAGUUACUUUUGCUGGUAUCAAAUCUGUUAGCAAGAAAGAAUUGCGUGGCGGCCGGAUCCGAGCUGAAGUGGUAAGUUGCAUGUGUUCCUUCGGUUCUCCUGAUGAACAACGAAUCAAUUUAAGUGUCAUUAGUGGAAUUGAUUAG